AUGAAGUCUAGUACUUCCAAGAUAAUAAUGGGAGCAAUAUUAAUAAUGGUGGUAACCCUUGCAAUAAUUCUAGGCCUACUCUUAGUUUUUCUUGUUGAAUUUUUUUGUUCUCUCUUACUUAGUAGGCGCCAACGGUCAAAAACACCUGUUAAUUCCGGAACAACCUCCAUCACACAACCAUCACCACAAUGUCAACGGUCAAAAAGGGGUACAAAUUUCGCAAUAACCUCUACCACACAACCACCACCACUAGAGUGUCAAUCAAUUGCUCCAAUUACAAGUAGUCAUAGUAGCUUUUAUGCACAAUUAGGGGUUCUUCAUGUUCCAAGAACUUACCUCUUUCCUAAAAUUUCCACUAAAGAUCAUCACAACAUUGAUGAUCUUGAAAUAGUCCAAAAUAUGUCAUACCCUAAAUUAGUCCAUGAAGUACAAUCACAUCAAUGUAGCACUAGUAGUACUACUAUUGAGGAACAAUUUAUUUACAUAUCAAAUCCAAUUUAUGAUAACACAAAAAUUGAUCAUGAUACCCCAUUUGAAACGCCAGAUACAUCCCCCUCUUGUCUCGAAUUAAUCAUUGAUAGUUCUUCGGAGGAAGGAGAAGAAAAUUGUGGAAUAUCAACAUGUUCUAGUACACCUUCUUCAGUACUAUUAACUCCGAUGAAGAAACUUCCAAUCGAGGCAUGUUCAAUUUCACUAAGAAGUGGCUCUAUUAAUAGUAACAAUUAUACUUCUUCCUCUGGAUCUCCAUGUACUUCUCCUUCUUGGUAAAAUUUGCAAAAAAA